ACCCUCACAUAUAUUCGUAUUUGUAUAUCUUCUUCUAUGCCUCUGCCUCUGGCGUUUUCCUGAUAGCAUACUUCCAUGGCGGGUCUCUUGAACUCUUCCUCAAAACCCACUGUGUCUUCUUCUUAUUCUUCAACAUCAUCACCAUCUUCCUCGCGUCUGUUAUUGCUCGUAACCCUUCUUCCUCUCUCCCUCGCCUGUUUCGCCUUCGUUCUUCAAUGGCGUGGCGGACUCGACGACCCGGUUACUCAUUGGUCCACCGAUCAUCACGAGUUCCCCGGAAUGGCCACAAUCCACGAGAAACGGUCCUUGCGACGUUCAGGUUCUGAUUCGGGCUGCGUUGAUCUUCUAGGUCAGAGUCGUGCCCCUUCGUUUCCCUAUUUCCGAGACUGGAAAUUUGAUUACCAUUCGGAUCUGAAACCUAGGAUAUGCAUUACAACAAGCACUUCCGCUGGCUUAGAGCAAACACUUCCAUGGAUUUUCUUUCACAAAGUUAUUGGAGUUUCAACAUUUUAUCUAUUUGUUGAGGGAAAGGCUGCAUCCCCAAAUGUGUCUCGAGUUUUGGAGACAAUUCCCGGUGUAAAAGUUAUACACAGGACAAAAGAAUUGGAAGAACAGCAGGCUAAAAGCCGGAUAUGGAAUGAGACUUGGUUGUCGAGCUUCUUUUACAAACCGUGUAACUACGAGUUAUUCGUGAAACAGUCCUUGAAUAUGGAAAUGGCAAUCACCAUGGCUAAGGAUGCUGGUAUGGAGUGGAUAAUUCAUCUUGACACCGACGAGCUUAUACAUCCUUCUGGAACUCAUGAAUAUUCCUUACGGAAAUUGCUGGGAAAUAUCUCUGCAGAUGUGGAUAUAGUUAUCUUUCCAAAUUAUGAGAGCAGCGUUGAACGAGAUGAUAUCAAGGAACCUUUCAGCGAGGUAUCAAUGUUCAAGAAGAAUUAUGACCAUCUUCCGAGAGAUGUUUACUUUGGAAGCUAUAAAGAGGCCACUCGUGGAAAUCCAAACUAUUUCCUAACCUAUGGAAAUGGAAAAGCUGCUGCCCGUGUUCAGGACCAUCUUCGUCCCAAUGGUGCUCAUCGAUGGCACAACUACAGGAAGAGUCCAAAUGAGGUCAAACUAGAAGAAGCUGCCGUGCUGCACUACACUUAUCCCAGAUUUUCAGAUCUUACUUCAAGGCGUGAUCGUUGUGGUUGCAAGCCCACUAAGGUGGAUGUUAAGAGAUGUUUCAUGUUGGAGUUUGACAGAGCUGCAUUUAUCAUUGCUUCAACCGCGAGUUCAGAGGAAAUGCUUCAAUGGUACAGAGAACAUGUUGUGUGGACGGAUGAAAAACUGAAACUGAAACUCCUUAGGAAGGGGAUUCUGACCAGAAUUUAUGCCCCAAUGGUAAUAAUCCAAGAGUUAAGAGAGGCGGGUGUUUUCAGCUCGGUGGUAACCUCAGCUCACAUGUCUCUCUCAAAAGAUGGGAACAACUCUUCAAGCACAUUAAGCUCUACCCGAGAAUCAUCUCAGGCAACUGGUAGGAGGAGGGUUUUGGAAGCCCAUCUUGAUCUUGACAAUGAAUCUCAAGCAUCAGCAAUACCACCGCAAUCGCCUCCAAGAUUGGAAGCAACCCAGAGGGAACCAUCAUCUGAAUAGUGCUGUUUUACAAAGAGUGGGAUUUUUUUUAGAAAGAUUUUAUGAGCUCUGGUGUACAUUUCGAAAAGUAUUUUCGUUUAGGUUAUACAGAUGGUUCUACAGAAUUACAGAUGAAUAGGAAUUAGAAGAUUGGCAGGCUUCUAUAGUUCUAUCUUAUGUAACAUUCAGAAAUA